AUGGCAAGGAACUUGCUGAAGAUUCCAUCGCUUAAGAUAAUGAUUCCUUCACCGAGAGCGGAUAAACUCUCUGAUUUCAAUGAAUGUAGUACAUCAUAUGUUGUGAAGAAGGGCCAUUUCUUUCUUCGCACCUCAAAGGGGAAGCUGUUUAUGGUUCCCUUGGCAUAUCUCAACAACAAUACCUUUAAGGAGCUCUUGAAGAUAUCUGAAGAAGACUUUGGGUUUCUUGGAGGUGGCCCCUUCACAUUGCCAUGCAACGCAACAUCAAUGGAGUUUGUGCUCUCAAUGAUAAGAAGAGGAGUAUCUCAAGAAGUUGAGAGGGCAUUGCUUUGUAGCAUUUCCAUCUCUUGUCAAUCCUCUGUUCUACUUUUGUUGUUGAACAUUGGCAACAAUUAG